AAUGUGAAGAUGACUUAUGAAAAGGCGCAUGAGAGAUAGAUGUAAUUAUGAGAUUAGAUAGGUAAUUAUAACCAUAAAUGAAGAGCUUUUCUUGUACUCUGACCAAAAUAUAUCCUAAACACUCCACCACCUAAUGAACUUUCAUCAUCCAUGGCUAGAGAAAAUUCCACUCUCCCCAUCUGUUUCUUCAAGAUUAUUCUUCAAACCAAUCUUCAAACUAUUAAAAUACCGAAUAAGUUUACAAGGAGCCACGGGGCUCGUCUACCAAAUCCAGUGAUGAUCAACCCUCCCGAUGGCACUAAAUGGAAAGUGUUUUGGAAAAACAUCAAUGGUGAGAUUUGGUUUCAAAAAGGUUGGAAAACCUUUACUCAAAACUACUCUCUUCAAAAUGGUUGUUUUGUAGUCUUUAAAUAUAAAGAAGGAACUUCAGAGUUAGAUGUACUAAUAAUUGGCCAGAAUGGAGUAGAAAUUGAUUAUGAUUCUUCAUGUGACACUUCUGAUGAUGGAAAUGAAAACCUUGAACAUAGUGAUGAUGAAUCAGUUGAGAUUUUGAAUGAAUGGCAUUAUCCGAAGAAGGCUAAACAGCUGUCAACAUUAGCUUCUACUAGGCCACAUAAAAAAGUUAAAGGUGAGAUUGAGAAGAAUAGUCAAAGAACUACAUCAUUGAAUAAGCCAAAGGAAACUAGAGCUCGGGAAGUUGCUUAUGAAUUUAUCUCAAGCAAUCCGUUUUUCACAAUUUUGAUCAACCCUGCUAAUCUGGCAGCAAAUCGUUUGAGUAUACCGAAUUUGAAAGGGAUUAUUGAGAACAAGGAGGCGAAUGUGAAUCUGCAAAUUGGUAAAAGAUCAUGGAAUCUGAAAUUGCUUUGUUGUUACAAUAAGAAAAGUGAACGUCGUCUUUCGGCUGGUUGGUUUUUGUUUGUGAGGGAAAGUGGAUUGCAAGCCGGAGAUGUGUGCGUCUUUGAACUGAUAAACAAGAAGGAUUUAGUUUUUGAAGUUCAUGUUUUCUAAUUGGACUGUUAAUGUAUCUGUUUUGAAGCUGUUAUUUUGAAUGAUAGUACAUUUAAGUAAGUGACACUAUUUCUUAUCCAUCAAAUGUCUGAAACGAAGUUUGUAAUUGUGUUUAAUUUCGAAA